AUGGGCUGUCAAGUGUCAUCUGAUGGCAGCCAUUUCGAACGAUCAGACUAUGAUAAGCUAUGGAAACGAAUGAAUUCGGUGACAGAUCCAUACUCUUCACCAAAUACUGGGAACAACAAGAAGAAAAAACAGAAACAAACUGGAUGGAAGACUAUGAGAGUUCUCCUGGUUACAACUUAUAAAGAUUUCAGAAAUGAACGAAGAGCAGUGUUGGAUUUGGUGGAGAAUAAAUUGCAAUCAAUAGCGAGUGAAAAACAAAUAGUGCUUCAGGUGGAGGAUUUUAAUUGGGGAUCAAAGGCUCAUCUUGAAGAUGCUUCAUGUCUGUAUCUAAUUGAAAGAUUGUGUCGAGAAGCGUCAGCUUCCUCAUCCAACUUCUUCUAUUUGCACUUCCUCGGAGAAUGUGCUGGAUACAUAAUCGACCACACUUUCACCGAUGAAUCUUUCCUCCGACAGCAUGCAAUCUCGAGUGAACAAUCUUACUCGGAAGUCUUCCUUCAAUUAGCUGGUCUUCAGAAUCCUAGCUCUAUUUUUCUCUAUCGAAAUCCAAGUUUUCACCAAGAACUGCCUUUCAAUGUUACCAAUUUUAUUGAUUCACCUGUCAAUCGAGAAAGAACAAAAUAUUUGACAUCAAUGGUGAAAGGAGCUGUGGCUCCUUUCAAGUUCAUCGAGUAUUCUGUACGGACAUCUGGAAUCAAUAACACGCAUUUCAAACACAUUAUGUUUGAUGAUUUGAGCGGAGCAAUCAAACCAAUUGAAGAUUUGAUAACAAAGAAGUUGGAUAGCCUUCCUGAUAUCGAAUCUACAUCCAUUCCUACAACAGAGGAUUUCAUGAGAGAUUACUAUGCUGAUAUGAAGUUGGAUCAAGAGUUACUAACGAAGCUUGAAUGCAACAUAAGAUCUCGAAAAUCCACACUGUUGGUCGGGGAGUACUGUACUGGAAAAACUGCAAUCCUACAACGAAUUCAACGAAAAUAUGACGAAUCUGUUUUAAUUCAAGCCAAGGAAAAAAUGAGUGCUGCUGAAUUGAGAAGGGAAAUCGAAUCGAAAACAAAAGUAAUUUUACACGAUGUUGAGCACAAAUUGGUUAGAUAUCUACUGGUAGAUGAUGUUCAUUUGGCAACAAAAGAAGCACAACAGUUUUUAGUGGGAAACGAAGAGUUGGUGAUAAUUGCGACAAGUAGAAAACGAAAAAUCGAUGUUGAAAUGGAUCGUUUGAUUAUUCAGCAUCCGGAUCCUGAAGAAAUUCUUGACCAAUUAUCUUUCUGGUUGAAUGGAGGAACCAAGGAAAAGACUGGUGUUCCAUCCGUGAAAGCGUCAAACAUUUUGAAAAUGUCACAACAGAAACGAAGGAGAAGUUUGGGGAACGUAGAAGAUGGUCAUCAGCCGGAUGAGAACAUUGGUUGGAAUAGUUUGAAGUGUCGAGUGAUUGGAACACUGGGAAGGUUAGGAAGUUCCGAUGAGAAAUGUGCACAAUUGUCACAGUUGUCAACUUUAAGUGUCGUCGAAGCAGAUAUUUGUUUGAUGGAAUCUGAUGGAAAAGGGCAUCUUCUGAUUUCAACUAUUUGUUUUUUAACAAUUGUGGAGACUGGUUUGAACGAGAUCGAAUUGCGAAGUCUAUUGGUUACGGAGUACAAUUUGUUGCCGAUUGGAAUCAGAAGAAAUUAUAGAAACUUGCCUUUUGACUAUUGCCCGGAUGACUUUGGUACCACUGCUUGUGUUCAAAUGCCUCCAUUGAGAUGGUACUUCGUUCUCCACAGACUUUCUCAUAUUUUUAUGAAAAUUGAUCCGGAUAGCAACCAUUUUGUUCUGCCAGCUGCAUGCAGGAGAGUUGUAACGAAGAAAUUUCUGAAGCAUCACCACAACAUGGAGCAUUUCAAGAAACUUCUGAAAACUUUUAUGACAACUUUCUCAUCUCGAGAAUGGAAUCGAAAUCGACAAAUUGGAAAAUUUAUUUAG